CGAUAAAAUUGUAUCUGCGACGAGAUUGUCUUCCGUGUAUUUCACCACCCACCAACGACCAUACACACCCACAUAUUUUAUGAUGUUUUCAAAUUAAUAUUAUUAUUUAUUAGUUAUCACUCUUAUCACAGUCAUCGUGAAAAUUCAAGGUUCAAAAUUAUUCGGUUGUCGCCGUGAGUCUUCGGGACUGCGGAAAUAAAUAAUAUAAACAAACUCUUCUCCUUGUCUGAUAUUCUGAGACAAGUGACAACAGUUGAACGUCGCUACUUCGCUAGUCAGCAAGUCAGCGUGCUUAUUACUUGUUUAUCUGCGGUAUUUAAGUACCUACUCAGAAGUCUGCUGAGUAUUGAGUAACCUUUACUUUCUACUCACUCACUAAUCUACGCAGUAAUCACUGACACUAAUUUUCCGUUCUGUCGUAUACUCGUAUGUUAAUUUUCUAGAUAUGUAAAUUGUUUGUUUCGACUUAACAUCUGUCUAACACAGUCACGGCUACCUCUUUACUGUUAUUAUUAUGUUAACUAGUUAAUACUAAUACAAUGGACAAAUAUGACAAAGCUUCUCAGCAUAUUAAAGAGUCUUUGAACACAAAAAACCUUGCUGAAUGUCUAUCACAAACGGGUCGUUUUUCAUAUUGUGCCUUAUGUGCAACUUCAUUAAGCUGCCUAUAUAAAUAUCCUGCACAUGUAGAUUUUAAAUUGGACUGUUUACGUAUACUAUGUAAUCAUUUAAAGCUAAUGUUACAACUACCUACUAUGCGAGAGAUGGCAAAUUGUGAACUUCCCUUAGAUGCCAAAGUAUAUGUUAGAGCUCUUAAAAAAGAAGAAGUACUGAAAGAAGGCAUGAUGAUUAUUGUACAAGACCUUCUUUUACUGGCCAUUUCAAAUGGAUUUAGAGUAAGUACCUAUGAUGCUCGUUGGAGAGUUCUUAUACUAUACGUUACUCGUGUGUUUGAUCUUGAUUUAAGUACAGUAGAUAAUUUUGAGUUAAACGUUGUAAAUUGUUUAUCAAAUUUUUUGCCAGUUCAAACUGAACAAGAACAAGCUGAUGCUGCUCGUCGUAUUCGUGUAUCAAAGACUAAACGUUUUGCAUUAAUUGGAUUAGCAUCUGUUGGUGGUGGAAUUCUCCUUGGUUUAACUGGUGGAUUGGCUGCUCCUCUUAUUGGCGCAGGACUAUCUAGUGUCUUAGGAACAUCUAUUGUUGGAGUUAUAGGAUCAGUUGGUGGUACAGCUAUUGUUGGAUCACUUUUUGGUGUUGCAGGAGCAAGUUUAACUGGAUAUAAAAUGCAUAAAAGAGUUGGCGACAUUGAAGAGUUUCAAUUUCGUAAAUUGUCUACAGAUGCAGAAACUGGAGAUAUUCACUUACAUAUUACUAUUGUUAUAUCUGGAUGGUUAAAUGAUGAUAAAGAAACCAGCUAUAUUAAACCAUGGGAAAAUCUUCGAGACAGCCCAGAACAGUAUUAUUUACGAUAUGAAUCUUCUUAUCUAUUGGAAUUUGGAAAAGCUAUGGAAUACUUCUUUAGUUUUGCUGUUUCUGUAGCAGUUCAAGAAUCUCUGAAGUAUACUGUGCUCUCAGGCCUGAUGGCAGCUAUUGCAUGGCCUGCUGGACUUUUGGGAUUGGCCUCUGUCAUUGAUAAUCCAUGGGGUGUGUGCUGUCGACGUUCAGCACAAGUUGGAAAACAAUUAGCUGAAACUCUACUGACACAUAGUCAUGGUAAUCGUCCAGUUACAUUGAUUGGUUAUAGCCUCGGAGCUCGAGUUAUCUAUUAUUGUUUACGAGAAAUGUCCCAAAGAGAAAAAUGUCAAGGUAUUGUUCAAGACGCUAUCCUAAUAGGCACUCCGUGUACUAGAAAUUCUUCAGACUGGAAUAAAAUUACUGAAAUUGUAGCUGGAAGAGUAGUAAAUGCAUAUUGCAGAAGUGAUUGGUUCCUGAAAUUCUUGUAUAGAACACUUUCUAUGCACGCUAAUGGAGUUGCUGGUCUUCAGGCUGUUCAAUCAGUUAAUGAUAGAAUAGAAAAUAUUGAUUUGACUGAUAUUGUUUCAGGACACUUUGAGUAUCCGCAAAAACUGACAGAGAUUUUAAUGCAUAUUGGAGUUAAUGUAGAUGAAUCAGCCAAACUGCAAUUAAUUACUACACAAUCUAUGCCAGAAAAAAUGUGUGAAAGUUUGAAAAUAAAUGAUGAUUAUACUGUCAAAAAAUCAAAAUCGGUAAUUGAUCUCACAACUAUUGACAAACAAAAAAAUACAACACAAUGAUUAUUUUGUCUGCUGUUAACAUAUCGAGCUUAUUUCUUCAAUUCAAUGAUAUAUCAUAACAGGUAUUAUAUUAACUGUUUUAAAAAAUAUAUAUGUAUUAAAUUAUUCUAUUGAAAAUUUUAAGUUUAUGAAAAUAAUAUGGUGCUUUAAAAAUUAUUCAAAUUAAUUAAUAUUUAUUUUGGCAUAAAUAAAAAACUAUUGAAACUGAUUCUUUUAAAGGAGCUUAUUUUCAACAUUUUAAUUUUAAAUUUAAUUAACAAACACAUUAUUUUUUAUAAAUCUGUUUGAUAAAAUAAUUGCAUAUAAAUAUUAGGUUAAAUUAAAUAAGUAUUAGAACAAUAUUAUUAACAAUUUUAUUUAUUAUUGAGGAAAUAGAUAGAAAAGUAUCGUACAAACGGUUCACCCACAUGAGGCGAUACCACAAGAAAAAAAAGAUAGAAAAAAAUAAGGAAAUUUAAAUUUAUAAAGUUGUUGUGUUCCUAUUAGUAUUUAAAAACAUGUUCCAAAGAUUUAACAUCUCUCUAUUUUUAAUUUAUUCUUUAAAUAUAUUAUAUUUAAUUCUGGUAUUAUGAUAAAAUACAUGAUUUUCCAAAAACACUUAUUACAUUGUUAUACUGAUUGUUAAAUACAAUAACACACAAACAAAAUUACCUUUAAUUAAAAUCAGUGCCUUAAUUGAUUGGUAUGAGGAAGGGAACAACAGUUUAUACAACCUAAAUAGGAAUGAAAUUUAAAGCUUAGUCGCCUUAUUGUAAUUUUAUUAUAUAAUAGUUGUAGUCUCUAUUGUUUUUGAGCUCAUAAAUCCUAGUUGCGACAUUAAUUAAUUCCAAUAAUAAUUAAUUAGAUUAAAUUCAAAUAAUUUAUGAUUCUGAUUAUAUCACUAUUACAGAUAAAUUUAACUGUCAUGUUUAUUUUGGUUAAUUUAAUGGUUAUUUUCUAAUUACUCUAAAAUAUUAUUGUAAUAAUUAUUAUUUAUUAUUUAUAAUUUUUUAUAUUAUCAUCAUUAUUAUCCACUAUUUGAAAUGUUUAUUUUUUUAAUUUUUAAUUUAACAUUAAUUAAUUAUAAUAAUGUUGUGUACUAAUAUUUUUGAUAUAAAAAAGCAAUUAUUUGCAGUUACAAUUUAUCUAGCUUAAACGUAUUUUUAGUUUUUGUUGUACACGGGAAGUAAAACUUAAAAUUUGGGAACAUAUUAAUGUAAGUUUAAAUUAUUUAUUUCACGUGUUUUCUUUGUAUAAACAUUUUUUUUUAAUUGUUUUUGUUGUUUGUUCACUAUUUUACAUUGUUGUAUUUAUUAUAUAAUAAACAAGCAACUAUUUGGCUUUUAGUAGGUUACCAUUUGACUAUUCUGUGAUAAAUAUUAUACAAAAAAACAAAACGUUUACAAUUUGAUUUAAAAAUUUUUUUUCAAAUAUAUUUUUUAAAUAAGCAAUUUUUUUAAAUUGUAAUCAAGAUAUUAAUAUUUAUCUAAAAACGGACGUUUAAAAUAAUUUAGUUAUCAAAUGUAUGUUACAACAUUUAUAGAAUACCAUAAUUUAAUUUUUGUACAAAAAUUAUUAUACAAUGCAUCAUACUGUCACUGUAAGAUAUUAAACCUGCUUUAUAUUAAUCAAGUUUGUAACAUUAUUACAUCUAUAAUUGAAAAAACAAAUUUUGAAAAUGAAUAUAAAAUUAAAUUAAAUCACGACUAACAAAAAAAAAUAUAAAUAUAUAUAUAUAUUUAAAUUAACAUUUAAGAAAUUAUUGAAUUAAUAUUUUGUGUCAACUUUUCAAAAUGUCCUAUAUUCAUUUUUGCAGAAUUGUAAGCGUGACUUAUUUUAAAAAUGGUAAUUAUUAUUAAAUAUUUUAAAAGGUAACAAUAUGUCAUUUAUGUAUUUUCACUAUUUAUUAAAUUUGUAUCUUUUAAUAUAUUAUAAAUAAUCGAAUUUAUAUUA